AUGCCGAUAAAAUCUGAACUUAUAGAUGUUGAUGUUCCUUGUAUAUCUUUUCACGAAAUGAUUUUUUCCGAAAUGCGGCGAUAUGGCAAUGAAAUAGCAUUGGUGAACAAUGAUACCGAUGAAACGUUUACAUUUGAGGAUAUUCUGCUUAAAACAAAAUACAUAGCAAAUUCAUUACUUGCAAUGGGAAUAGAAAAAGGCGAGCCAAUAAUUCUAUGCGUGCCAAAUUGUCCAGAAUUCGUAUGGCUCUUUCUGGGAAUAUCACUUGCUGGUGGAAUUGUAUGUCCAUUACACCCGAGUUUUUCAAAAGACGAAAUGCGCUGGCAAAUAAUGGAUUCAACAUCGAGAUUCGCUUUCGUUGUACCGCACGCAUUGAAUAACGUAUCAACGGUGUUUGCCGAGCUGAACAUUGAUCAUAGGGUAAUUUGCAUUGGUAAUCGCCAGGUAUCAAAGGGAUUUCCAAUCCUGAAUGAUUUAGCGUUGACAGCAGCUCGUUGUUCUUCAACAUAUCCAGAAAUGAUGCCUGAAGAGGACAUUGUCUUCUUACCUUAUUCAACAGGAACAAGUGGACCACGAAAGGGAGUUGCCAUAACGCAUUCUGUCCUCAACGCUAUGUUAAAAACGUUCAACAAUAGAGAGGCUUACGAUUUACCAAGUCAUGGUGAGUUUAUUCUAUCCAGUGCUUUAUUUCAUGAUACAUUCGGACGUGACGUGCUUUUUUCAUCGUUAUUAAAUGGUGCAACGAUGGUAACAUUUACAGAUGACGUGAAGACGUUAGCAAAGUGCAUUCAUGUAUAUAAGGUUAAGACACUAUUUGUUAGUCCCACUACCCUAAGGCAUCUUUGCGAUACAGAUAUAAUUGACCAUUAUCCAUACUAUCAUUUGAAAAAUGUAAUAAUCGGAACAGAAGCGAUUGGUGAAGAUACGAUAAAGCGUGCAUAUCGUUGCUUACCAUCUGUUAAGCAUUUUAGUGCCGUUUACGAAAUGACAGAAGUAGGAAUUAUCUGUAGGACAACUAAAUUUUCUCCUUUCAUAUCUCGCUCAUGCGGAACACUAUGUGCAGGCUUAAGCAUGAUGGUGAUAGAUAUGGUUAGUGGGGCUGAAGUUGGUAUGAAUGAGCAAGGCCUCAUUUUACUUCGAGGGCAAACUGUGGUAUCACCGUAUUGGAAGAAUGACAAGGCCACGUUCGAAGAUUUUGAGCGAAAUGGUUGGAGAAAUACCGGUGAUAUUGGAUUCUAUGAUAAGGAUGGCAAUGUAUUCCUUGUUGAUCGAGAAAAACAGAUGAUUAAGGUUGAUGGUUUUCAGGUAACACCACAAGAACUGGAAUCAAUCCUAUUAACUCAUCCAUCCAUUGCUGAAGCAGCGAUUGUACCAGCAACAAAAGUGAAUCAGCAAGAAAUACCCGUAGCUUUCGUGGUGCUAAAACCACGUGUGCCUGCCACUGCUGAACAGAUUAAGGAAUUUAUUAAUGAACGUGUGAUGCGUCAUAAACAGGUGGAUGUUGUUGUGAUAGCAAUGACAUUGCCUCGGUCACCCGGUGGUAAAAUACUUUGGCGAUUAUUGCGCGAGGCUGCUAAUAGAUACACAUAA